AUGCGCAAAUUAUCAUUAUUGAUAAUUGUGGCUGCAGUAACAGCAGUACCUCGAUUUCCAGUACUGUACGCUCCAAUGGCUGAAUUCUUCAUGCCCCCGCCACCACCAAUGCCCUUGGGAGUGCCAAUACCCAUUCCAGUACCUGUACCAAUUGUAAAUGUAAAACCGAUAUGUGCACCAACUACCACUCUAUGCCCACCAUGCCCAUGCAAACCCAAAAUCCCACCACCCAAUUGUGGUUGUAAAUGUUUACAUCCAAUCCCCCCAAGGCCUAUCAUUGCGCCUUACCUACCAUCGUUUAUACCCCCUUACAGACUACCUUACAAACCACCUUACAUACCAAAGCCUAUUAAAUAUAUAUCCAGUUCCUCUAGCAGCGAAACAAGCUCUGAUUCAGAUGAUUCAGACUAUUCAUAUAGAAAGAGAAGGAGAAGACGUCGAAGGAAAAGGAAAAGAUAUGGUAUUUUCAGAGCAAAUGGAAGAAGAUUUAAUAAUAAUAUCAGAGAUCAAGAACUCCAGCCCGUUAUUAGUUAUGUAUCUGAAAACGGAGACGUUAAGUUUAGGAGACGUAUAAAUAAGGAUAAUGCCGCUUCACUGUUACAGCAACAAGUGCUUGAUGGUAAAUUUAAUGAUAAAUCGAGAACGAGAUUUACUCCCAAACCUUGA